AUGCCUCCUCCCGGCCAACUCCUCCACGCUCUCAUCGCAGUCUUAACCGCGACCCUCGGCUUCAUCGCAGACUGGAACCACACACACGUCUACAACCCGCGCUGGCCGCCGCACGCCAAAUUCCACAACGGCCAAACCAUGAGCACAGGGCUGCUCCUCGGCGGCACCGCGCUGUUCCACCUCUUCGUCCGCCCGCUGGCCAACCCCCGCGAUAACCUCAACGUCGUGUCCUGGAUCCUGUGCCUCAACUACGUGGCUCAGGUCAGUGCGGUUUUUUACCCGGGCUCCCUUCCUAUCGACCCAGAGUUCGCGGGGGGUCCUGGUGGCGCGUUCCCGCAGGCUUAUGGCGCUGCUGUGUUGGUUGGGGUUGUGGGGGUUGGGUAUUGGCUUGAGGAGGCGAGGAUUCGUCGGUUGGAGGGGAACGUGGUGAAAGCGAAGUAG